UUUUUUUAUGGUUUGGUCACAUGACACGGCUCACUAGACAUAAGUGUUUUGUUUUGAAAAAAUAACCUAAAAGUACUACUCCUCUGAUUUUUCGUAUGUUGACUCUAAACAUUUGCUUAUAAAUGUGUCAAUUUAAAUAAAAAAAAAUCUUGAGUGUUAAAUAAUUUAAAAACUAUAUGAUUAAUAGAUUGAAAGCUAUUUUCAAAGGGUUUCUUUUACAAGCUGUGUGACCUAAGCAGACUUGUCGGCUGCAGGUGGAGCAAAAGCAGUUCCCUGAAGUGAGACACGGGGCAGGCGGCGGCUCCCUCCUCCGGCUCCAUCCCUGCCGUUCCGCUUCCAGUCACUAGGGAGAGACUGUGAUUGGGCGAGCCUCGCGCGCGCUUAAAGGGUCCCGCCGCAGGCUGCUCGCUCCAGAGUCUGCACGGCACCGCCACCCGCACCGGCCUGGGAUGGAGAAAGCCGCCUCGGACGCGGACCCAUCCCGACAGCGGAACGGGUUCGUGGGCGCGCUGUACGGAGAGUUCACGGACACGCUCGACGACAGGGUCCGCUACUCGGUGAGCCUGACGGAGAGCGCGCUCACCAUCCAGAAGAUCUCGGCGCUACCUGGACGGACUAAGGUGGUCUUCAACUUGAGCGACUGUGUGGGCUGCCGCGCGCACCGAGGGCCGGACAGCGCGGACGUCGGCGCGUACUUCACCGCGUAUUUUUACCCCUUCAAGAGGCGCUGGAUGAGCGCCGGGAUGACCCGCCAGAGAGUGGAGCAGUGCUUUCGGGUCGCGCUGGUCCAGGACCCGCUGGUCAACCUGCAGGAGGCGGAGAGGUGGGCGCGCGCCAUCAGAGAUGCUUCAGUGCUUCAGGCUCCACGGAGAGAAGGUGUGGUCUAUACGGAGCUGCAAAGGCCCUGCAGGACCAUGAUCCUGGUGAACCCCCACAGCGGGCGAGGACAGGCUCUGCAGCUCUUUACCGGCCACAUACAGGGCAUGCUCACAGAGGCAUCUGUUCCCUACACACUUGUCAUCACAGAGCACCAGAACCACGCGCGAGAGCUGGUGAAGAAGGCUGACCUGUCACAGUGGGACGCGCUGGUCAUCAUGUCCGGGGACGGCCUGUUUUAUGAGGUGAUAAAUGGUCUGAUGGAGCGAGAGGACUGGCAGGAAGCCAUCCAGACCCCUCUGGGCAUCCUACCUGGUGGCUCCGGCAACGCUCUGGCUGCGUCCGUCCACCACUAUUCACAGUCACCUCCUGCAUGGAAUGAGGAGCUGCUCCUGAGCUGUGGCUUCAUGCUGUGCAAAGGUCUGGUUUGUUCUCUGGACCUGGUGUCGAUCCACUUGGCUUCAAGACAGCGCCUCUUCUCCUUCCUGUCCCUGGCUUGGGGCUUUGUGGCGGAUGUUGACAUCGAGAGCGAGAAGUACCGCCACGUGGGAGCAAUCCGCUUCCUGAUGGGCACCCUGGUACGACUGGCCUCCCUCAGGGUGUACCAGGGCCGGCUGGCGUAUCUCCCCCCGAAGGAUGCCCCCAAGAAAGCCAAAGCAAGCACAAAGGUGAACUGUUCGAACACGCCUCAGCAGGGCUCGCUCUGCUCCUCCCUGUCCUGUUCGCUCGUACCCAACACCUCACCGAAGCAGAGUCAGAAAUGCUCCAACUUGAACUCCAACACCAUCACUAACUCCUCCAACCAGGCUGUGACUAAAAACAGACCCGAGAUGCAAAGCGAUGCUGGAACCGACGCCCUGGUGGACUCCCUACUUCCGGGCCUGGAUCAACCCAUCCCAGAGGGUUGGACCGUCGUAAAAGAGCAAGACUUUGUGCUGGUGCUGGCCGUUUACCAGUCGCACCUUGCUGAGGACCUGUGGGCGGCCCCUAGUGCCAUGGGGAACGACGGGCUGAUUCACCUGAUCUACGUGACCGCAGGAAUAUCCCGGCCCGCUCUCCUACGCCUCUUCCUCGCAAUGGAGAAGGGCACGCACUUGGAAUGCGGCUGCCCUCACCUGGUCUACCAGAAGGUCAGGGCCCUGCGACUGGAGCCCAUCUCUGCACAGGGCAUGAUCACCGUGGAUGGAGAGAUGGUGGAGUACGGACCCAUUCAGGCCCAAAUCCAGCCGGGACUGGCUAGACUCAUAAGCGGAUGACUCCCGCUCUACCUUUCAAGUUGGGCCUUUUCCCACACGCGGUGUCGGCUUCCUCGUGUGAGCUCUGUUUUCUGAAGUGCCAAAGACGUUGAAUCCGCCUCUAAAAUUCCUUUAUUUUUCUACAUAGUUGUCCUAUUUUUUACGACUCCUUGUCCCCCCUAGUUUCAGCAAUCAAGGUUAAAGCCAUGGAGGGCUGCUCUCGCUGCCGUCUGGUCCAGGCUUGGCGAAACAGGGGUCGAUUGUAUGAGUGUGCGAUCUUGUGUAUGAGGAUCUUUGACAGUACGGCAGCAGAGGAGUGCAUUCUGCACUCGGCUGUCGGACCUCAUGAGCACGGCACAUUUGAAGAGAAGCACAUUUUCUUGUCCUGGGAGGCUCCUGGCGAAACCACACCCCCUUUUGUCCCACUGUAGUACUCCAGGCUGACAAUCUCGCUACUGGACCAACACUCAACAUGACAUUACCUAAUCUUUAGCUCCGAAUAAAGUAGCAAGUGUGGAUUUACCAUGAUUAGAUUCAUCUUUAAAGACCCAUUCCGAUGAAAAUCUUGUUUUUGUCAUUUUCCUUACUAUAGUGUUAAGAUAAUUAAGCUAAUACGUCUUUAUUUGAUAUCAUGAUAAAAAUACAGUUGGAAAAUAAGAGCGUAUUUGUGACGUAGAAGCUACUGGGCGGGCCAUAAGCUCCUGGCCCCACCCCAUUCUGAUACAUCCACUUGUCGACGACUAGAUCCAUGAACGUCUUUGUUUUACUCAUCUGAACUACACAAGCUGGAUAACUCAAAUAUUGCCCGUCAUUUUUGUUGCACCAGUAAUGUACAAUAUGUUUUGCUCUGAAAUGCAGAAUAAGGGUGGAUUUUAACUAGGGCUGGGCGAUAUGGAAUUUUUUAUUUCUCUAUAUAGUUUUUUCCAUAUCUUGCGAUAGCAAAAUAUAUCACGAUAUCAACCAAAUAACUAUAAUUGUCAAAUUUGACCGCUCUGCAUCUCAAAAAACAAAUGUAAUCAUUAGCAGGUAGUUUAGAUUUAAAUAUGUAUUUCCUAUCAUAGUUUCAA